AUGGAGGAGGUUGAUCGCGAGCUCCUGCGAGCUGAGCAUGACGCUUCACGACAUAUGUCUCCAACUACUACACAUGAACCUGCAGCUCCCCGUCGUGCUAGCAAUGAGGUCGAACGAGUGGCUACAGCGUCAUCCAUAUCGACAUCUUCCAGUGACGGACCCAGAGAAAGGCAUACUGGGGCCAUGAGCCGCAUUCCGACCCAACGAGAUCUCGAAAGACACCCUACCGAGCUGAGCCGCAUCAAUACAGCCCGAAGUCAACACGAUGCUACUGUUGGACGAAGCUUAAGAACUCGCGAAUCUAAGAAGCCUUUACCUAAUUUUGGCGCUGGUAAACCAUUUCCACCACCCUUACCAAACCAAGAAGACUAUGUCGUCGAAUUCGACGGACCGGACGACCCCUAUCAUGCUCAGAAUUGGUCGUUAAAAAGGAAGUUACUCACAGCUGCUAUGCUGGGAUAUACUACCAUGACAGCCGCUUUCGCAUCUAGUAUUUUCUCUGCCGCGACACCAUACGUGGCUAAAGAAUUCGGUGUUAGCUCUGAGGUCGGUAUUUUAGGCGUUUCCCUCUUCGUCGUUGGUUUCGCAACCGGUCCGACGUUCUGGGCGCCCCUAUCUGAGCUGAAAGGUCGGCGCAUGCCUAUAGUAGUGGCUAUGUUCGGUUUCUCUAUUUUCUCUGUCGCCUGCGCUACAGCAAAAGACUUACAAACGGUCCUCAUCUGCCGAUUCUUCGCCGGUUUCUGCGGAGCCUGUCCAUUGGCUGUCGUCGCCGCCGUCUUCUCGGAUAUGUUCAACAACGCGACGCGAGGUAUAGCCAUUACUAUAUUUUCCAUGGCUGUAUUCACCGGUCCUCUACUAGCCCCCUUCGUCGGAGGCUUCAUCGUCGAAUCGUACCUUGGAUGGCGCUGGACUAUGUACAUUGCGAGCAUUAUGGGUUGGGUGGCAUUUGUCCUUGAUCUCGUCUUCCUACGCGAAACCUACCCCCCUGUCAUCCUAAUCGAGAAGGCAGCUGAGUUGCGUCGUCGCACUUUGAACUGGGGUAUACACGCCAAACAGGAGGAAAUUGAAGUCGACUUCAAGGAACUGGUUCAGAAGAACUUUACUCGUCCUAUGCGACUUCUAUUUGGCGAGCCCAUCGUCUUUCUCCUGUCGAUUUAUAUGGCCUUCAUUUACGGACUGUUAUAUCUAUUCCUUACGGCUUAUCCGUUUGUCUUCCAGAAAGUUCAUCAUUUCAAUGCUGGACAAUCGGGCCUGGCCUUCUUUGGAAUGAUUAUCGGCCAACUUAUCGCAGGCACUGUAGUGUUGCUUGACCAACCUUCAUACCAGCGCAAGCUUGUCGCCAACAACGGUGUGCCAAUCCCCGAAUGGCGUCUACCGAUCGUCAUCGCUGGUGGCGUUUCAUUCACUUGUGGCAUCUUCUGGUUUGGAUGGUCAGGCUACAGAGCCGAUGUCCACUGGAUAGUACCAGCGGCUUCAGGGAUCAUGUCUGGUUUCGGUUUGAUGGCUAUCUUCCUUCAAGCCCUUAACUACCUCGUCGACGCCUACCUCAUGUUCGCCGCCUCAGCUAUCGCAGGAAACACAUUCCUCCGAUCUCUCUGCGGUGCCGGGUUCCCUCUAUUCGCAACUUACAUGUUUAACGGCCUCGGUAUUCAGUGGGCAUCCACUUUGCUAGGUUGCGUAGCCGCGUUGCUAGUACCUAUUCCGGUUAUUUUCUACCUGUACGGCCACAAGAUCCGGGCUAAGAGUCACUUCGCGCCUUCAUUCCCUAGCAUGCCUGCGCCCGCCACUGCAUCUAGCUCCGGUGAUGAUAAGGACGAAGGAGCCAGUCCUAUAGAUCAUGCCGCUGCAUCUAACGCACCAAGGACGAAUGCCGAAUCCGAAAAGGCUUGA